CGCCGUCGCUUUUUUGAGUUCAGAAAGAAGAGCGUUGGCGGCAGCCUUGGGAGCGGGCGGUGAGCAUUUCUGUACCGGUUUGGUCUCUAUGAAGAAAUGACGACACAGUACAGUAUUCUGUUCAAGCAAGAACAAGCGCACGACGAUGCCAUCUGGUCAGUCACCUGGGGCAAAAACCGAAACGACGGUUCAGAGACGGUGAUCUCCGGCUCCUUGGAUGACCUGGUGAAAGUCUGGAAAUGGAACGAUGAGAAACUGGACCUCAAGUGGACUUUGGAAGGCCAUCAGCUGGGGGUGGUCUCGGUGGAUAUCAGCCACACCGGAACCAUCGCGGCUUCCAGCUCUCUGGACGCCCACAUCCGCAUUUGGGACUUGGAAACGGGCAAGCAGAUAAGGUCGAUCGAUGCCGGACCCGUUGACGCCUGGUCGCUGGCCUUCUCUCCUGAUUCCCAGUACAUCGCCACAGGGAGCCACAUCGGAAAAGUCAAUAUUUUUGGCGUGGAGACUGGGAAAAAGGAAUACUCGUUGGACACCCGAGGCAAAUUUAUCCUUAGCAUUGCAUAUAGCCCAGACGGGAAAUAUCUAGCCAGCGGAGCGAUCGACGGCAUUAUCAAUAUUUUCGACAUCGCCACCGGGAAACUUCUGCACACGCUGGAAGGCCACGCCAUGCCUAUCCGUUCCCUGACGUUCUCCCCGGACUCCCAGCUACUCGUCACAGCCUCGGACGAUGGCUACAUCAAAAUUUACGACGUGCAGCACGCAAACUUGGCGGGCACGCUGAGCGGUCACGGGUCCUGGGUGUUAAACGUUGCCUUUUGUCCGGACGACACCCAUUUCGUUUCCAGCUCGUCUGAUAAGAGCGUGAAAGUUUGGGACGUGCCGUCGAGGACCUGCGUCCACACCUUCUUCGACCACCAGGACCAGGUCUGGGGCGUGCAAUAUAACGGAAACGGAUCCAAAAUUGUAUCGGUGGGCGACGACCAGGAAAUCCACGUUUACGACUGUCCGAUUUAAGCCCACCCUUACCCCGCCUGGUUGGACUUUGGCCACGUUACAUGGCAUCUGUAACAGAGCGCUGCCAGACUCUUGGUGUGUUGAUUUUGGGAAUUAUCGCUCCGGCAUCAAGCAAAGCCUUUUCCUGUCCUGCAGCGACAACAAAAAUAACCAGCUUUAACCUGUAUGAUUUUUGUUGUUUUGUCUGUUUCUUUUUUUUAUAAAAAACCCCACCCACAAAAAUAAAUAACUUAAUUGCCAGUAGCAUACUAUGGUCAGUUCUCAAACAGCAAGUGAGUAGUAGAAGCUGGCUGUAAAACCACAAUGCACAGAUUCUUUCUGUGGGUGUAAAAAAGACAAAACUGCAGCCACCCAGUCCGCUUUGUUAGCCUUAAUUUUUGAAGAUGGGUUUUCCUCUGUGCUUAAUUGCAACAUGUUUUAGAAAGUGGGGUGGGCCAAGGUGGUUCUUUUCCCCAGGAAGGGUUCUGAUUGGCCACUGGAGAUUUGAUUGGCAGGGCAGAUUUUUUAAAGUGUUGCUUUGGCAGCAGCCGCCACCACAGGACAAGAAUCUUCACCCUGAGACUGAAGGUAAGCGGGGGUGGCCACUUUGUGGCUGGCUCCGCCUUCUCCAGCAGCCACUAGGUGGCUGUGGCCACCCCACACAGUCGCAGUAUUCCAACAGUGCCCGCUUUCCACCCCCACCAAAAAUGACAAUAUGCAGGUGAGCCCUGCGUCUCUUUCUUCCCCUGAGUUGGGUAGGCCUGUGGAAGUCCUAGAGAGGACUUCCUCUGUGUCGGCCUAGAGAGGGGAAAGGGAUGGUUGGAUGAAGGCUGACAAACUGGAGGUCAGUCUAGACACGACUGAUCCAAGAGGACUGCCAUUCGCCUAAAGGAGUAGGUUUGUAGCUUGGAGGUGCUGCUGGAUCGUGGCCCAAAUUUGGAGAUGCUGGUGUCCCGCGUGUCAGCUUUGUCCGAUGACGGCGAAGCCCCUUCAGAAAGUCUGACUUGGCCGUGAUGAGCGAUGCCACGGUUACAUCCAGGUUACGUUACUGCAAUGGUCUCGAAUCGUUGUGGGGCCUGCCUUUGGAAACUGGCCCCAAAGGUGGUGGCCAGAAGAGGGCAGCAGGACCUUACCUUUCAGGACUCGAAAGGGCUUGGGGACAGGGAAGCUGAAGGACUAUUUACUGUCCGAGUUGAUGUCAAGAUCCUCUUCUCAAGCCCGGCUCUGUGUCAUGGCUUGGGGAGCGUGGAAGAUGCUGUCUACAGACAGGGCUUUUCCAGUGGUGGCCCCUCAACUUUAGAAUACAUCAGCUACCUGAUAUUAGUGGCUAAGCCAAAAUCAUUUGUUUUACCCAGCCUAUUAAGUCUGUGCUUGUGUGUCGGUGAAUGUCCAUUGUUCUAAGCUGGUUUUAUGAUCUACUUUUUCCACCCAGGAAAAAUACAAAC